AAUUCUAUCGGGGUUGCACGACACUGGCCAACAUAAUUCAAAAGAAGAGGAAGUGCGCUAUCCUCUGUGUUCCCUUGCCUCCUCUCUUCAAACCCCUGAUACUUUACCACCAUGGACCCUCGCAACGCGCUGAUCUCUUUAUGUCUCGCUAUGGGCUUUUGCAGGCCAGAUACUAAUCUGAGUAGUGACUUAGGUUUAGUGACUUAUGAUUUCCUCUUUGACGCGGCAGUUGAAGCCUACUAUAAAGGGGACUGGCUGACAGUCAUCGUGAACAUGGAGAAGGCUCUCAGGAACAAAGCCACGGUCCGAAACGUGAAGGCUCAAUGCAGACGGCAAUGUGCCAAUCAGUCCGGUUUCGGAGAGGCUUUAGUGAGCCUGGAAGUUCCCACCCCCGGGCCCGGUUCGGUGGAGGAUUUAAUUUUUUUCCAGAAAAUCCUGAAGCGGGCAGACUGUGUGAAUUCCUGCGAAAGCGAGAAGCUUGGUUCUCCAACUUUGCAUGAAGUCAGCGAGGAAGUGGACCUGGAAUUUGAAAAGAGGACCCCUUACAACUACCUUCAAGUGGCAUAUUUCAAGAUUGACAAACUGGACAAGGCAGUAGCAGCUGCCCACACUUUCUUCCAAGCCAAUCCUGACCACAUGGAGAUGAAGCAGAACUUGGAGUACUAUAGGAUGAUGGCAAACGUAGAGGAGGAGAACUUCAAAGAUCUCGAAAUAAAGCCACAUAUGGCUGAGUUUCUGAUGGGAAAGAGGUUCUAUAGUGAUGACACUUUCGGAUUGGCAGCUAAACAUUUCGAGAAGGCCUUGGAUGAGUACUUUACUGCCAACAAGGAGUGCAGAGCUCUGUGUGAGGGAAGGUACCGCUUUGAUGGAUAUACUUAUAUGGAGUACAGUGCAGACCUGUUCCAGGCCAUGACAGAUCACUACAUGCAGCUACUGAACUGCAAGCAGCAUUGCUCUGUGGAACUGGCCUCUGCUGCUGGCAGAGAUAGUCCUCUUCAGGACUUCCUGCCAUCUCACUUCAACUACCUGCAGUUCUCCUACUAUAACAGUGAAAGGUAUGAGCAGGCCAUAGAAUGUGCUAAGAGCUACCUGUUGUUCCACCCUAAGGAUGAGAUGAUGACCCAGAAUCUGAACUAUUAUGCUGCUGUAAUGGGCAAGGAUGAGGCAGCAACAAUAUCAGCCAGACAGGUGGUGAAACAACACAUCCAGCAGUCUAUACUGGAGAAGGAGCUGCUGUACUUUGGAUAUGAAGCUUUUGGAAUCGCCUUUGUAGACCCAGACACUUGGACUCCAGAGGAUGUCAUGCCGAAGACGCUGAGAAACAAACACAAGGCCGACAGAGAGACUGCAGCAAGGAUCACAGAGGAGAUAGGAAACCUAAUGAAGGAAAUUGAGAUUCUGGUUGAGGAGAAGAAAAAGGAUUCUUCUGAUAUGACCAAGAUGAUUGUGCCUCAAGAAGGUGUGCCCCAAGAAGGGGGGACUGUCUUGCAUGAUAAUAUCAAGGUUACCAUGAUGUCCAGGCAACUAAAUGGUUCUCAGCGGGUGUUGCUGGAUGAGGUGAUCAGUCAUGAUGACUGCAGGGAGCUGCAGCGGCUGGCAAACGUCGCUGCUCUAAAAGGCGACGGCUACAAUGGCCACCCAUCCCCACACACACCAAGUGAGAUGUUUCAGGGGGUCACCAUCCUGAAGGCUAUUAAGGUCUGUACUCCAAUAAGACCCUACCUUGCAAAUUAAUUAAUAUCCCUUGAA